AUGACCUUGGACCCGGCCCUAGCGGUGGAGCCCGCCCGGCUGCGCCCAGGGACCACGCCCUGGCCUCUGGCCCCGGGACGGGGCUCCCUGUGUGAGCUCCUGCCGCCCCCGCCCGCAGCCCAGCUGUCCUGCUUGCCUCACCUUUUCCGGGUCACGGUGGACCGCGGCUACCUGCGGAGGCUGGGCUACUCCUCCUGGGACGUCCACCUGAACGACGAGCUGUGUCGCCCUCACGUCGCGGGGCGCUUCCUCAUCUUCAGCGUCCCCUACGGCCACUGCGGCACCGCCCGACAGGAAAGCCGCGGCUCCCUCAGCUACUCCAACUCCAUCCGCGGCCGGCCGUGGGGCGCCCCCGGCCACCUCACCGUGCGGCACCGGGUGCCCCAGCUGAAGUUCACCUGCUCCGUGGACAGCCCGUCGGCAGUUGAGAUUGUUCCUGGGGCUGACGAGCCGAGGCGGGGCGCUGCCUACCAGGUGUCCCUGGCGUUCCUCCAGCUGCCUGUGGCCCUGCCUGUGGGGAGCACGGGGCCCAAGGACGCUGGCCAGAGGGAGGAGGUGUUCCUGCAGGCGACACUCCACAGCCCCGACCCCAGCCUGAGGGUCUCUGUGGACACCUGUGUGGCUUCUCCAGACCCCCAUGAUUUUGCAACUGUCAAGUACGACUUGAUCCGGCAAGGGUGCGUCGCAGAUGACACCUACGUCAGCCUCCCCUCUCACCAGGGGAACACGGCCCAGUUCAAGUUCAAUGCCUUCAGCUUCCUCCCAGGCUACGAGGUGGUCUACCUGCGGUGCGAGGUCGCCGUGUGCAAAGCGGGCGACCCCUCCUCCCGCUGCUCCCAGGGCUGUGCUGGGCGGGGCCGGAGCCGGAGGGGCACGGGGGAGCAGGCGGGGCGUCUCCGGGUGCUGGGGCCCCUGGAAAUCCAGAGGAACUGAGGGGAGCCAGGGCGUGGAGUGAUUUCUCCGGUCUCCCCCAACCUGUGAGGGACUAGCAGCCGCGUGUACUCUUCUUCAGUAAA